CAGCAACAGGUGGCAGCCUCCCUUCCGCCUUCUGAAGCCAACCCUCCAGGGCCUUUCAGAGAGCUACACACACCCUCCCAGCAUGCACUGGGAAGAACGGCUCUGAAGACAGAGAAAUCCAAGAUUGACUCAAGCAGAGACAGUCCCUGCUUCACUGUGUCUCUCAGAUGCUUUCAACUCCAGGGCAGCCCUCAGGGCACACGGAGGGGCUCCCAGGGCCCACAGUGGAGACGGCCAUGUGGGAAGCACUCCCCUGCGGUCCUUGUAUUCCCAUCAUGUUGGGCCUGGCCUCUCUCACAGCCUUCUUCAUCAUAACUACUGCAGUACUGGCUGAACGCCUGUUCCGCCGCCCACACCCAGACCCCAGGCAGCAUGCACCCACCCUCGUAUGGCGUCCUGGAGGAGAGCUGUGGAUUGAGCCCACAAGCAGUGCCCGGGAGCGCUCUGAGGACUGGUAUGGCUCCUCCAUGCCCCUGCUGAUGGACAGAGCUCCAGAUCCCCCGACUCCUGGGGGAACCUUGGAGGGCAGAGCAACUGCUCCGCCAGCCCCUUCAAUCCCACACUCUUCUCCCAGCUCCUUGGUUCCCCAGACCCCACCAGAAGUCCCAGCCCAGAGCACCUUCUGGAGGCCUCAGACCCAAGAGGAGAGGCUCCAUGACACAGGCCUAGUGACCUGGGUUGAGCCUGAAAUGAGGCAAGAGGUUGGAAUGCAGGUUGGGAGCCCCAAGUCCUGGAGGAUGAGGCAAGGAAGCCUUGAGCCUGACUGGGGCCUCCAGCCUCGGGUCACCCUGGAGCAGAUCUCUGCGUUCUGGAAAAGGGAAGGCCGGACCAGUGUUGGCCUCUGAAUCCUUAGAGACUAUAAGACUAGCCUCCCACCUCAGAGUGGCUGAAAGGGGUCAGCUCAGGCCUCAGGCCUGGAUUCUACUCUAGAUGUUUCUUCUAGGCCCUGCCUAGAGUCUAGGGCCUUUUGUGUGGAAAUUUUAAUCAUUGGCACCUGGCUGGUGGGCAGGCUGAGAGUGUGGACAGGCUGUGCACCAAGGCUUGCACAAAAGUUCAGCUUUGGUUAAACUGUCCAGGUGUGGGCCUGAAGGCUUCAAGAUGGCAUGUCAGGGUACAAAUUUACCUAAGACACCAUAUCAGAAUGAAGAGGUCCUGUGUGGAAUGCUGACCAACACGGAGGAACUGGUGAUUAUGUGUCAAUCAUGUGGGCAGGAGAUGGCAGGAGACUUGCUCUCCAGAGACACAGACCCUAUCUGUGCCCAGACAGUCUCACUGACCACUGCGAAGCCCUCCAGCAAAACAGAGGCCAAGUCCAGGAGGGGUCUUUGACUGCAUACUAAUGUUGUCUCUGUCACAUGGAAUUUGCUGAGCCAAGCUGGAGUGGCCGUCUCUUGACUAGGAUUGGGACAUACUCAAAACGCAUCAACAGGCUCGUCUGUCCAUUGGCUUAUGGCUACACACAUCCUAGAACAUGAAGUUUUAUUAUUCAAUGUUAAGGAAAGCCUAGACUAAAAAGAACUGAGUUUGUUCUAUUAUGGAAUGAAGACUGUCGCAGAGAAGGGGAACUCCCCAAACUCUGCCAUCUUUCCCUCUGGUUUGCUGGAGUGGUCCCGAGAAUCAGGCUUGUUCCAAGACAGACUUACUUAUAAUGACCCAUCCCAUGGAAGCAGACCCCCCGACCCCCGGUCUCUGUGGACCCACCAGCAGUAAGAGAGCAAUGGAGUUUCCAGUCCCUGGAAAUCUGAGCUCCCAAACUUCAGUCAAGAAUACGAAGAUUUUGCCAUAUCUGUUUACCUUGUUUUAUUACUUUAUAUUUUUACUGAAGUUGGUUCACUAUUUGCUUAAUAAAUUUGUUUUAAAAGGAA